AUGUACGCUAGUGCUUGCCGCUUGGUUGGACUUCUUCCUACAACGACGAGGACCAAUAACUCCACGCUUCCGCUCUGUCAGUCCUCCCGUCAGCCGGCGGCAGCGGCGUCCAGUCCGCCACAGGAGUUCUCUCUGCUUCUGACCAACUGCCGAGUCCUGGAUGUUGCGGCAGGGAACUACCUAGAGGGCUUGCAAAGUGUUUUGCUCCAGGGAGGGCUCAUUCGGGAGGUCCGACCCAUGGGUCAUGCGGGGGCCACCACGACGGUGAUGGUGGCGGCGGCGGAGUCAGCAGAUGCGGAGUCAGCAGAUGCGGAGUCAGCAGAUGCGGAGUCAGCAGAUGCGAAGUCAGCAGAUGCGGAGUCAGCAGAUGCGGAGUCAGCAGAUGCGGAGUCAGCAGAUGCGGAGUCAGCAGAUGCGGAGUCAGCAGAUGCGGAGUCAGCAGAUGCGGAGUCAGCAGAUGCGGAGGCUGAGGCGGGAAUUGCGCCGAUUGAGGGAUUUAGAACUCAUCCUCCUACAGCAGUGGAGGUGGACUGUGGGGGCGCUGUAUUGAUGCCUGCUGUUGGCAGGCUGCUGCCAACAUGCCAGUGCUGGUUGACCAACACGCAGUUCUCCGAGGCGGAGCUCAAAGCGAUCGUGGAGGAGGCGGGUGCGGCCGGGACCUACGUGUGCGCCCACGCCUACACCCCCGCCGCCAUACAGCGCGCCGUGAAAUGCGGCGUGGCGUCUAUCGAACACGGCAAUUAUCUGGACGAGUACACAGCGCGGCUCAUGAGCCAUCGACGGGUCUUCUUGGUACCGACUCUGGUAACGUACCGCGAGAUUGUACGGCAUGUCACAAACACCGAGUUUACAUGUGUAAACCGUCCACCAACUGCCUAA